GAUUGUGUGGGCGAUAAUGAGUAUGGACACGUAGUCCAAAAUUUGGCGGUUGAGGAGAAACGAACCACAAUCGCUCUUCCAGUCUACUCUUUCGUGUCUUGAAACAAACACCCAAACCCAACAACUCGCGAUGCCAGGAGGAGCCACCGUCUGCUCCGGCCACCGGUUUCUCUGCCUCCUUCUUCCCGAUUCAACUCGUCCCCGACUCACCAACCCAACAACAACAACUCGCUCACGCUCCUCCGUCUCAGUUCAGCUCCAAUAUUCCAAGCUUUUCCUGAAACCCAACAAUGGCUUCGGUUCCAAGUUGAGUCUCACUCCAAGAGCUGCUGAUUCUUCAACCACCCAACCUCUCGGUGCUUCCACCAACAACACAACGCUUGUUCCUGACGAUGAUUUCUCCAUUUCUAAGGUUUCAUUUGGUGUGAUUGGUCUAGGUGUUGGAGUCACACUAUUAUCAUAUGGAUUUGGGGCAUAUUUUAACAUUCUCCCUGGAUCUGAAUGGUCAGCUUUAAUGUUAACAUAUGGCUUCCCUCUUGCUAUUAUUGGCAUGGCUCUCAAGUAUGCAGAACUUAAACCUGUCCCAUGCCUAACAUAUUCAGAUGCUCAAAGAUUGCAGGACAAAUGUGCAACUCCUAUUCUGAAACAGGUGAAGAGCGAUGUUACCAGAUAUCGCUAUGGAGAUGAACAGCACUUGGAUGAAGCACUGAAACGGAUAUUCCAAUAUGGUCAAGGAGGAGGAAUACCAAGAAGAAGUGCGCCGGUUCUACAAAUGAUUCGUGAAGAAGUAACACAAGAUGGUAAAUACGUUUUGGUCUUGGUUUUCGAGGCCAAGGCUCUGCAGCUGUCGGAUUUUGAAAAGAGACAGGCUAAAUUUACUUCAUUCUUUGGGCCUGGAGUUACAGCUGAAGUUGGCAAGAGCGAAAAAGACUUAUAUGAGGUUCGACUUAUAUCCAAUACAGACCCCAGUGCCUCUCCAUCAUGAAGUUCUUGACCAUUUUACCCUACUCUUCAAUGUUGCUUGAUUUAGUUAAUUACAGGACUUAGGUCCUUUAAAAGUAUUUGAUUCAAAGGUAUCGAGCUAUUGUAUAGUGUAAAAUUUGAUACAAAUUUAAGAGGAAAAGUUUGCAGUUGAGAACAAAGAGCAUAGCUAAUGAUAUAUCACGUUAUUUUACUCUUGA